UUGUUGGCUCCCGAGAAUAAUCAGGCCCCGUGGUUCAGAUCUGCUGUGCUGGGAGGAUCCAUGGGCUUUUAGUGCCAAGUUCUGGUAGUGCCAUAAUUCCUGUGGACUGUGUUGGUCAGCUUUGAGUCUGCAAUAUGAAGACACUUGCGCACGUUCUGUUAUGGAAUCUAAUGGCUGCAGUAGUCGUCCUGGGUCAAACGAAGCCAAGUAUGAAGCUAAAUUCACAGUCAAACAGUGGUUUAAGGUCAGACUGUGUGGGCAAUCUAAUGAGGCUGACGUUGGACAAGGCUCUUGCUGUGGGGAGCCAGCUUGAAGUCGAAGCUAUCGAUGGCACUCAACACAUAUUGAUAACACCCAGCUUGGCUGCUCAAUGUGGAUACAGCAUGGAGUCUGACCCGUGGGGUAACACCAGAAUUUAUGCAUCCCUGAUGGGCUGCUAUGUGGACAACAAUGAAGAUAAGACCUUUAAUGUUGGCUUGAGACUUCAAAUGUACGACCAAAGUCCAUCGAAGGUGGUUACUCAUGAAGUAACAAAAACAUGUGGCUACUCUCAGUGGGCAUCACGGGAGAUCGUUUGUGACAGGAACUACAUGGAAGUGUCAAACUACAUGACCACAUAUGAUACAGCAGCUGAAAUGAAGGGGCACUUCAACCCUAAAGAUGACUCCAAGAUGAACAGCAUUCCUGAUGCUACAGACACAACACCUGGUAUCUGGAAGCUGACAUUUUACACUCCUGAACCAGAGGUGAUGGUGCUGAGCGAGGCCCAACAAGCCGGCUAUGGUGCCAUGACGACCCCCAAUAGACUGGUGAUGCGAAGCCCAUACAACACAGCGGAGACCUACUCUGAGGAUGUGGCUGGAAUCCCCAUGGAGGUUUUCAGAGUGAGCGCUUACUACAAGGCACCGCAUGGCUUGACAGUUGUGGACUCGGCUGCUGCUUGUCCUAUAGGUGGUGUGAUGUUCACUGAGGAUGUAAUCUCCUGGCACGUACCUCGUCAUAUAACGCCCCUGAUAGAUGGUGGCAUCAAAAUCCUAGAAAUGCACAUGGGCAUAAAUGGACAGAGGCUGGAUAAAGCGCAGAUGGCUGCCAGGGGAUACACCCUGUCUGCUACUAAAUUUCACAUAAUCAUUGAAAUCCCGAUUGGAUCGCCUGAUGGUUACUACAAGAGCCAUGCCCCAGAUUACCAGUACCACACAACCUACAGUGUUGAACCCAUGCUCGAGUUGCUGUGGAGGGCAGAAGACACCCAGGUUGAUACCAGAUACAAAGUCCUCUUUCCCAUCACCACCCCUCUGAUGCCUCAGCGUCCCCAAGUCUCUGACAACACCAUCCCAGAGGAGAGGGUGUUCAAAGCUCAGUUGGGGCCGCUCCUCCAUGACAUGGAGCUGCUGAACAUCACCUUCCCUACCGGGGUUCUGACUGUGGAGGAGUGCAACGCCAGAGGCUUCACCAUCCAGGAACACAGCUUCUCUAAUGGCACCAAGAGCUUCUCUCUGCAAGUGCCCUUCUCAGAUGACGUUGUCCUGAAACAUAAUCCUGAACCUUUGGUUACGGUCUAUUUCCUCCCUCUGAUCUUGGGGUUCAUCAUUCUGCCUGAGCAAACACCAGUCCCCUGCCCCAUGGAGGUCGAGGCAUCUCUGCAGGAUGUUGUUCUACCCAGAGUCACUGGCACCUGUGACCAGAACAUGUUUUACAUCAGUGUGACAUAUGGGAGUCAAGGCCACAACUUCCAGACCAUGAUUGGCACUCACGAGCUAACACCAGAGCUGGCCGAGCUCUACAGGCUCCGAGAAAACGGCACACACUUCAGCCUUAGUGUGGCGUACACUUCUUCUGAUGCGGUGUUUGAGCUGAUCGAGUCUGACUCAAUCAAAGCCAGAAUUGACUUGCUUCUGUGGGAUUCAAAUAAUAACUGGAAGCUUGGGGAUUUCUCCUUGGCCUGCAACUUCCCUUUGACAACAACUACAUGUUAUCCCAAUGGGACAAUGACCACUCUGACUGCGAAGGUGGAAUCUGUCCACAACCUGCUCCUCAGUCAGCUGACACUGACAGAUCCAUCCUGCAAACCAGUUUUCAGUGAUGAUCGUUUCGCAUAUUUCUCUUUCCACGUGGAUACAUGUGGGACCACCAGAACAUUCUUUGACAACUACAUGCUAUAUGAAAAUGAGAUUGCCCUGUACCAUCAUUCAGCCAAAGCCUUCACAUCGCCAGUUGAUCCGGAGUACAGGCACAAAGUUUCUUGCUACUACUUAGUCAACGACACGGAGACAAUGGCCUUCUCCUAUAAACCAAGGAGCAACGAACCCACAGCAGAGACUGGGUCAGGGCAGCUGAUGGUGCAGAUGAGACUGGCCCAGGAUUCAUCAUACAACCUCUUUUACCAAACGGAAGACUAUCCAGUGGUGAAAUACCUGAGGGAACCCCUGUAUUUUGAGGUGGAGCUGAUGCAGUCCGCUGACCCCCAGUUGGAGCUAAUUUUGGAGAACUGUUGGGCUACUCUUACUGAAGACAGGACCUCGCUGCCUAGUUGGGACAUCAUUGUUGAUGGUUGCGAGAACCUUGACGACAGCUAUAUGACCGUCAUCCAUCCUGUUGUGAGCGACUCCAGGGUUACAAUCCCCUCCCACGUCAAACGCUUCUCUAUGAAGACGUUCACCUUCACCAAGGACGAAGAGGUUCUGAAAGACCAGAUCUAUGUCCACUGUGAUGCUGUGGUCUGUGAGACAAACAACAGAGAGGGCAUCUGCAGUGGCCAGUGUGUGAACCCUGCAGGCAUGAGCAGAGCCAGUCCUGAGCGCACAAAAGGAGUGAAGAGGGGGCGAAGAAGUGCAGACUCCACCCAUAAUCAAAAGCAGAUCUCUUCUGGACCAAUUCUGCUAUUAUAUCUUCAGUCAAACCUCUGAAUAAAGGUCAAAUGUUCUUAAAACUGUA